UUCUUUCCUUUUCUUCUCUCUGUUCUUUUUCUUCUUCUCUCCCGAAGACUCUCGGCCUCUUUCCUUCUUCUUUCUCCUUAUUAUAUUUUUGACUGGGUCAAAAGCAGCUCGUCGGCAUGGUUAGGGACACCACGAGGGCCGUAGGGAUAGUGGUGAGGGCUAAUAGGCUUGGCGAGGUGGCUCCAAGGCUUGGCGAGAUCCGUGGGAGCAGCUGGUGCGCCAGGAAACCUCAAGGAAAGCUUCGGGAAGGCUGGAAACUCGAUUGAGAUUUGCAGCUGAGCAAGGGCAGAGGUGCAGCGUCAAAGCUGGUCUGCAGCAGGCCUGCCAGGUUGAGAUGGUAGCUGGCAAGGACUACAGUAAAAUGGCUAGGCCUAGGAAUUGACAGGUGUGGCGGCGAUGCAGGUGGUGCAAUAGCUCGUGCGGGUUGUCGUGGGCUAGCAGAGCUUGACUGGCUAGGUUCAAAGUAGGAUGAGCAUGAUUCCCGGAUAAAACCGGAAAUGAGAAACCGAACCGGUUCAUAAUUCUACAGGGACCGAUUCCGAUUUCCGGUUGUCCUCUCCCGUUCUCUGCCUUUGCCUCGUCCCCGACGUCGCUCGGCCUCGACGCCACCGCCGGACGCCGCCGCCAGACGCCGCUUGUCCCGCCGCUGGACGCCAGUCGCUCCCUGCUCGCCCCGCCCUUGCCUCCCUAGACGUUGUCACCCCCGCUCGCCUCGACGUCGCCGCUGGAUGCCGCUUGCCCUCGACACCGCCGCUGGACGUGGCUCGAUCCCCCGGUGGACGCCGCUCGUCCGCUCGCCCAGCAGCCCCGACGCCGCUCGCCGCUCGCCCAGCCGCCCCGACGCCGCUCGCCCGGUCACCCCCGACGCCGCUCGCCCCCGACGCCGCUUGCCCAGUCGCCCCCGGCGUUGCUCGCCCCCUGACGCCUAAGCACAUUAGAUGCCUCCCGCUUGGUACCCCUUUUAACAUAUUGAAGGAAUUUGAUGGAGAAACAGUAACAGAGGUUGUCCGUCCCCGCCUUGCAAGGAUGAGAUGCCGUGUUAAGAGAUUUACGAAAAACAAUUUUUUUGUGGAGAAGAACCCAACUCUAGUUAAUGUUCCUGUCAAGAACUUGGAAUUGAAGGACUACAUUCCAUUACCCACACCAGGAGAUGAGGAGAGGCUGCGAUCGUAGUAUGAUUUGAUUGCCAACGUUGUUCAUGAUGGCAAACCUGGUGAAGGUUCUUACAGGGUUUUUGUUCGGCGGAAGUUCGAAGAACUUUGGUAUGAGAUGUAGGAUCUGCAUGUUUCAGAAACGCUUCCUCAUAUGGUUGCACUCUCAGAGGCAUACAUGCAGAUAUAUGAGCAGCAUCAGUAGGACAAUUUUGGUGGCAAAUUUUUUCAGUGCCUUCUGCUUUGCAACUUUGAGACCCCAAUGGUGCUGGACUUCAGAUCUUCUAAAAAGAAGUUAGAUCUGUUUGUGAGACUACCUGUCAGAUCUGUCUCCUUGGAGCAGCUAGGGUUUUUGAUGAACCUUAAAUUUAGGAUAUCUUGCUGUGCUGAGAUGACUGAUGGCGUAAACCUUGUAUUCUGUUGACUGUAUAUGAUCAUUAAUGAAACCUUAAGCUUAGGUUACUUUGAGUAAUUAAAAAGGGUGGAUGCGGUGUAUCUCUAAUAUCUAUGAUAUCUACAGUAAUUAUAUAGUUCUCAGGUUUGUUUACCUUUCCGUGUUUUUCAGUUGGCUGCCUUGUGCAAUGGAAAGGCAAACAUAUUGAUAUCUGAUGUUUUCUCUUUUGUUUCUAUUCUUUUUCACUAGCAUGUACUUCCUGGUGACUGAUUUCAAAUAGACUAUUGAGGCAAACUUGCAUAUGUUCUUGCUGGUCCGUCAGAUUCUUCUAAACUUUGCGCUUGUCUACCUGUUAAGCAUAUCGGUGAAAUGACACGACCACUGAGUCUGAGUCUUCACGACCUCAAUGAGUGGACUCUGAGUCUUCUUUCUCAUUUGCAGAUGCUGCCCACCAAUCAAAGCCAACUUGAAUAGUUGAGGUUGCAUAGGAAUUUCCCUCAUGCUCUUAUGCUUUUCGGCAUCAGAGAAGAUGAUUUAGAUGAGUCAACAACUACACCAGGAAUCAUGAGUGACGACAGGAUGGAGGACAGGCUUCUUGGUACAGAAGCAAAAGACGAAGGUAGUCUAUUAGGGAAGGUCUGGGCGGAGUCAAAGAAAAUAUGGAGAGUUACCUUCCCAGCAAUGUUGGCCGGAGUGACUACUUAUGGAGUCUUCGUAGUGACGCAAGCAUUCGUGGGGCACAUCAGUGAUACAGAGCUCGCCGCUUAUGCGCUCAUUCAAAUCAUCGGCCUGCGAUUUGCCAAUGGAAUAAUUUUGGGCAUGUCAAGUGCAACUGAAACAUUAUGCGGGCAAGCAUUUGGUGCAGAGCAAUACCACAUGUUAGGCAUUUACUUGCAAAGAUCUUGGAUCAUCAAUCUGGUCACGGCAACCAUCUUGGUCCCGGUCUUUGUCUAUAGCUCGUCCAUUUUCAAGCUUCUUGGUAUAGAAGAUGAAGUAGCUGAAGCCGCUGGGUACAUUGCCCUGUGGUUCAUCCCGAUCAUCUACUACUAUGUCUUCUUCUUUACCAUCCAAAUGUUCUUGCAGAGCCAGCUCAAGAACGCCAUCAUAGGAUGGCUCUGCACCAUCUCAUUCGCAAUUCAUGUCUUGUUGUCUUGGCUCUUUGUGUACGUACUAGAUUGGGGAAUCCCAGGAGCAAUGAGUGCGCUGAUAAUAUCAAGUUGGUUAGGGGUGAUUGGGGAGUUUGUGUACAUGUUUGGAGGCUGGUGCGAAAGUACUUGGACGGGUUUCACCUGGGCUGCAUUUGCCAAUUUAUGGCCUGUCAUAAAGCUUUCCAUGUCCUCUGGCAUUAUGCUGUGCUUGGAAUUAUGGUACACUAGUGUCUUAGUCCUCUUGGCAGGAUACAUGACAAAUGCCACUGCUGCAAUAUCUGCCUUCUCGAUUUGCCUCAACAUCUCAGGUUGGGAGCUCACGAUAUGCCUUGGUUUCCUAAAUGGAGCUAGUGUAAGGGUUUCCAAUGAAUUGGGGCGAGGAAAUGCUGAAGCAGCAAUGUUCGCCAUUAAAGUUAUCUUGGGCACCUCAAUUAGCAUUGGAGUUGUCUUUUGGAUCUUGUGCCUAGUUUUCGGUCGACGGAUUGCCUACACAUUCACUAGCGAGGAAGAUGUCGCGGAAGAGGUUUCAAGCCUCUCAGUUCUCCUUGCCUUCUCUAUUUUACUCAACAGUGUUCAGCCAGUGCUCUCAGGUGCAGCAGUAGGUUCUGGGACACAAAGUGUGGUUGCCUAUGUUAACAUGUGUUCCUAUUAUGUUAUCGGAGUGCCUCUAGGAGUCGUGCUUGCGUACGUCACCAAGUUGGAAAUUCAGGGUAUAUGGAUAGGGAUGAUAAUUGGAGUUGCAACUCAGACAGCGGUGCUCAGUUUCAUUACUUACAGAAUGAACUGGGACAAGCAGGUGAACAAAGCAACAGAAAAGCUCCAUAGGUUGUUCUUGGCAAGAUCCGAAGAUUACAGUGAGAGCUCUACCACUCUGAACAGCUGAACGGAUGAGUAAAAACUGAAGAGCAUAUGGUUUCAUCCCAGUUUAGGUUUUCGGAUGAGAACAAGUUGCUUCUUCUUUUUCUCUCUUUUUUGACCUCUGUUAUAACAGCCAUUGAAUAAAUUGAUCCAAUCCCUAUCCGAUUGAUAAAGCUUUCCCACCCCAUUUUUCAGUGAUUGGAAAAAAUUCAUUGUUGAUGGAAAACGUUCAUACUUCAGCGAC